CUUUGGCACAGCCCUGAGCUAAUUGUCUUCGGUGGGUUUUGGAGCUUUCCUCUGAAAAGCAAAACUGUUGUGCAAGGUCGCGGAGUGGUCGUCUAACAGAUAGACUUUUUAUUUGCAGAGUAGUUUGACCACAGCCCACUCUUCAGAAGAAAAACAAAGCAAAGCUCUUUCAUCAGCCUUUGUAUUUAUUGCUCAAUUUGCAGAAAACAAACUUUAGGGUGAUGGAAUGAGUAUAUUGCAAAUGGGAAGAGGCUUUAUGCUUCCAUAAAAACAUGCAAAAGGGAGAGCUUCAUACCUGUUGUUUUGUUUAUGUACAGCUAGACUUGUUGGAGUUGACUGUGAGCUGUGCACAAGCCUAAAAACCUCGCUGUUGGGAGAAUCUUGUGUUUUUGUUUUUGUUUACAUUCCAGAUGUCACAUCAUCUUGACCUAAUCUGUACAAAGGAAACACUGAGUUGUUAGCCGGAGUGAACAACGGCAGCAGUUAAACACCUCUGUUGGGCUGUGUUGGAGCUGGUGUGGCUGAGCUAAGUUAGGGCUUUCAAGAUGGUUUCAGAGCACAGGAAGCAGGGUUAGCUUUUCUGUUGUUUUGUGGGGGUUUGGGGGUUUGUUUCUUUCUUUUUUCUUUUUAGUAAUACAGUAAUGGCAUUGUGUAGGUAGAAUAUGGAACAUGCUUUUGCAUCCAUUUUUUUGUAUGCAAAAUGGGAGAUGUAACUCCUUUCAUAGCUUAUUUUCUUUCGAAACUGAAAGCAAAAAUUCUGUUUUGCUAAGGGAAACAAAACUGGAUGAGCUGGGGAGCAGCGCCAAGCUUGCCACUGGUGCCAGCUGUGAAACGUCUUCUAAGAAAGCUGAUGCGCGUGUGCUCAGCAGGAGUCCAGCCUGUGGGAGAGGAGGGAUGGCUGGAGAUGACACCUGAAGUCUGGGCUGGUGCCACCUUGCAGUGGUGCAGCUGGUUGCGCCAUGCCAGGGAGCCGAACCACUCGGCGGGGCCAGCUCCUGGGGCUUGCUCUGUCGCAGAUGGAGGUGUCAGGCAGCUGGGCUUGACUAUUAGUAACGAUCCUCUUGUUAAUGGCUUGCCUAAAGCAAAGCCAAUGUAUAUGGUAACGUGGAGGCUGGAGGCUUGUCAUGUUUGUAUGCGACUUGUUCCAUCACAGAUGUUAUGCUCAUUUUUCCUUAUCUGGUUCCUACGUGACUUUCCAGGUAUUAGCGGACUGUUGAGGCAUCGGUGCUAAUUAUAUCCUGGUACGUAGGGUGUGUUUGCCCAAGCAUCGAUAAGGAAGUAUAUCUUCUUUCUGACGACGUCUGUACUCUACAAACAGCAGUUUAAUUGCAUUCCCAGGUGAAAGCUUACUAUGAAAUAAAGAGCGCUCGGGGAUGUUUGGUCUAGUUCAGUGCAGCAGCCAAUGAGCAGUUCCUGCAACCACAAUCACAGCGCGGAGGUCUUGCAGCUGACUUCCGAAAUACAGACUUGGCAUUUGCAUCCUAGACCUGGUGCAGGCAGAUAUCUGGCCCCAGAGCGAGGUAUGAUUGGUAUUACCGUGCGCACUGGCCUGUGGGCUAGAUGCAGUGUGGUGUCCUACUGGUUGGAAGUGUGAAAAGGUAGGUUGGAGCAGGGCCAACUUUUAGUGGUGGCGAAGAGACUUUGGCACUUCCAGGUUUCUGUGUGGAUCUGGAAGGGGACUUGACCACAAGAGUGGUCUUUUGUUUCGCACAGCAGAGUGGAGGAGUGUUUUAUUUUAGUUGGCCAGCUUCUCCAAGGUGAGCUCAUGUAUUUUACAAAGGUUGAAAGCAGUCUUCAUGAGGUAGUGACAGAGCAUUUGAUUAUAAUGUUAAAAUAAUCAAAAAUGUCAUUAUCAGUUUUCCCAGACUAAGCAGAUCCUUGAGGAUGGCCAUGUCUAAAGCUGAACUUGUUUCCCCCCUCUCUGUGUGAAGCUUUCUAUUGAGUCUAAUUAUGGCCUAAUCUGUUACAACCUGGUCUUACUGACUGCAGAAUUUGUCUUUUUGUCUCUGCUGUUUUUCCAAGACCUCCUCUGAAAACAUAGUCUUUAAGAUUUUUUUUUGCUUGCUGUUUUGGUGAUUUGUGGAAAAGCACAGCUCCUUCUGAGAAGGACCUCAUCUCUGCUUUUUGCAUACAUCCAUCUUGGUACGUGCUGAAGGUACCUUCAGGCUUCUUUCAGAAGACCUGUAUGGAGUGUGUCCCCUUUCUGGGCGGUUGUGGGACUUCCUGGAUGGACAGAUGGUGCCAAUCUGUGGCUGGAGCCAUCCUUCUGGUGUGGUGGGUCUGGGUGAUGUGGCCAUGUGUCCUCUUCUGUGUGCUCGGCUCUCGCAGUCGGCGUGCUUUCGUGGGGUGCAGGCUAUGGGGAGCCGAGAGGUUUUCUGGUGAGGAAACAUCAUACAUUAUCUGAAUGCUGAUGAAGGUAUUUAAUUUUUACUCAGUCGUGUCUGUAUGUUUUAUUGUUUGCUGGGUUUUUAGUUCCCUACCUGUUGCUGGUUGGUGAUGCCUGCCUUUUAGGAUAAGGUACAAAGAGGAAGGAGUAUAUAUCCUGUAUCUUGUUGUAAUAGGAAUGAGGAAGUCAGAUAUCCUGGAAGUGGGAGGAUGCUUGUUUUCCACCACUGUUUAAAUUCAAAUGCAGAACUCCCCAAAUUAGUGUACUUUGCUUGCUGCUUACAUUAUGGAAAGUUGCUAUGCCUGAAGAAUAAAACCAUUAUUCUGCCCCAGAGUGCUGCUGUAGGGAUGAACCCUCAAACUUAACUUUCAGCAGCAACAGUAAUUAAAAAGCUUUGCUUUGUAGAACUUCCAGAUCUAAUUUCUCCUCUAUGAAUAAUUAGUGUAGCACAUAGUUUUUCUCUUAAAAUAUGUAAACCAGAGGCAUAGAAGCUGCUCAGGGUCACUCUCAGAAUUACUGAUAAUAAAAUUUUUGAUACUGCCAGCCUCUGGUGGUCAGAAAUCACAAGCUGGCCUCUUGAGAAUGGUAACUGGCAUAAGGAGCACAACAUUUUUCAAGAAUGACAAGUGGAUUUUCUGAGCACUCUCUAGUCAUAUUUUCCAACUUAUCUGCUUGAGUCGGAGGUGUCAAAAUGUAGUCUUAUAAACACCCCCCCACCCCCACAAACUGACUUGGCCUUGAGGAUAGCCUGACUGAAGCAGUUCAGUGGGACACCGACUAUCGUGAUAAAACGGAGUUGGCAGUAUGUGAAGUAAAUGGGAAUUUUGCCGAUUGGCAGCAGUAGGAGUUGGAUGAGGUUGUGACUUUAACUGUAUCAUCUUUUGUUCUAAUGCUGCAAGCAUAAAUGAAUAUGCUUGAUUUUUUUCAUUUUGCUGUCAGUCAUACUGGUGACUUCAGGAGCAAUAAACAAGUUAACAGAAAGUAGACUGUCUUAUCUAUGUAUGUUUGCUUUUGUUCAUUUGUUUUUUGUCACAGCAUUGCACUGACAGCUGUGGGAGAAGGGAAAUGGGUCUCCCAGGCCUUGGGGUGUCCCCGUAAAUUCUUUGUUUCACUGGUUCCAUAUCUUAGGAAAAAUCCCUACUUUAGGAAGGGCACGUGUCUCACCAAGAAAAAAAUUUUCAUUAAGUUACCUUCAAAUGCAGUUGUGAUCCUGGCUUUUUGCCUUUUACAGAGGCCAACUGAAGCCAGAAUAAUAAAUGAUGUUUUUGUUCAGUGCUUGCCAUGCUCAGUAGACUUUGUAUAAUAGGUCUUCAUUCAGUUAGUCCACUGGUUUUGAGUUAAAAUUGUUUAUGCUUCAGGAAGAUGUUAGGCAAUAGCAAGACACGCUGUGCUAGGCAGUGCAGCAGUUCUUUUGGGUAACUAACUUGGAUGUCAGAUUUUCAUGCCUGAAUAUCUCUUGGGCCUGCAAACUUGGGUGUAGUUGCUAAAGCCCAGUUGUUAUGGAAAUUAGGCUUGUCGGCCACCAUAACAGGGCCCGACCCUAGGUUCCCGCAGAAAAAAGUUCAGAGCCAAAUCAAAGCAAAUUAAAUAAUUAAAUUUUAAUCACGUGUGUGCCGUAAUUACAGCUUGAGCUGGGUGCCUCCGAAGAGGGACCCCAACAAAAAAAAUCCUGGGCAAUUAUAGUUUUUUCAACUUAAGUUUCCCACCCCUCACGCGGUAGUUAGACCAAUAGUAAUUUUUAGGUCUGGGGUCUCCUGCUCCUCAUUGGAUCUCAUCGUUGUUCCUAGCAUGGAUGCCAUGGAGCAUGCACAGUUUAUUAGACAAGCUGGGAAUCAGGAUUUUAAAAAUGGAAAUUACUCUUUGGCCAUCAGAAAGUACGAUCAAGCUUUACAAAUGCUCAUUUGUUUAAGACAAUGGAUCCCGUGUUCCAGAGACAUAGCUGUGUUACACUGCAACAAAUCAACUGCCUUGUACAGUCUUGGUAAAUGGAAAGAAGCAGCUUUUUCAGCCUACGAGAGCUUACAGUGGGAUCCAGAGUAUGUUAAGGCUUAUUAUAGAGCUGGCCACUCACUGAUCAUGAUGUCAAACUCUUUUGAGGCAGUUUCUGCAUUUCAUAAGGGUUUGAGUCUUCUGAAUGCUUCUGCAGAUCGAUCUCAAGUUGCUGAUUUUGUAGUGGGAGUCUUCAUAAGUGUAAAUGAUGAAAGAAUCCUUCCACCAACUUAUUUCCAGGCUCAUUCUUAUAUUUUCAGUGCAAGGUUUGAUGCACUGAUUUGGCAAAUGGUGAUAGAAAAGUUGGCCCAGAAAGGAAAGUGGCGGUCUUUUCUGCUACUGUUCUCUGAGAAGAGAGAAUUGCCCACAAAUCUCAGGGUCAACCAGUUAUCACUGAAGAAUCUCUUUGAGACUUAUGAGUUUUGUGGGCUUCAUGACAAGAUGCAACAAGUAGCAGAAUUAGUCAAAUGGCUAAUUUCUAUUGGGGCAAAAGUUGAAACCAUUGGAACGUGUCCGCUUCAUGCUGUUAUCGGACUGUGUAUCAAAGCAAAGAGGAACCAUCUUUUCAGGUGGUUACUGGUGCAGAAGCCACACUUGAAGGAUAGGAUUAACCAGCAAGACAGAGAUGGACGCACUGUCCUGCAUGUUGUGGCAUCCAGUGAAUAUUCCCGGAAAUGCAAUCAAACAGAAGAUGUACUCAUGCUCCUGAAUUUUGGGGUUGAUCCCACCAUUCCAGAUGCACGGUCAAGAUAUGUCAUAGAUAUCUUGAAAAAGAAUAAAAACUUCAAUGCUGUCAAAGCAGUCAGCAAUCACAUUGAGCACACUUCAUCAGAGGAAUUGUCAGGGGGAAAUGAAAGCAAAGCUGUAGGUGACGCAGGGUCUCUCCUGGAUGUUCUUCAACAGUUCCUCCAGUUCUGCAGGUCUGAAAAGGGAGCACAUCAUAAAAAUUUAUUGGAGGAAGACACGGUUCAGGGAUUUCUGAAACUGCUCUCUACUGUGAAAGAAAUUCCUGAAGGGAUGGUUUGUGACAUCUCCCAUGCCUGUGCUAACAACUUCAUAAAACAGUUGUUGGAGAAGCAAAUGUGGCAUGAAGUUUUGCUGUUGCUAACAGGGAAAGCCACUGGGGAAAAGCCAUCAGGUGGAGGACUCUUCAAGGACUGCAGUCUCUCGGAUGUUGACAUUGGCAGCAUUAUCCGUCAGUGCAACAGACUGGAUGAACCAGUGCACCUCAUAAGAUGCUUGAUAGAAAGAGGAGCCUUGCCAGAUGGACUUGGAACAGACUCUGAAAUACCAUUGCAAAUAUGCCUGAAAAAGAACUAUUUUGAACUGGUGCAUUUGCUGCUGAGCAAAGGUGCAGAUCCUCGAAAUGUCUCCGUGGCACAAGGAGAUACUCCUUUACAUGCUGCAGUUUCCAUCUGUUUAGAUAAAAGAGACAGCGCUGGUUUAAACAUCCUGAACUGUCUGCUUGAUCUCUUUGCUUCAAGACCUUCAGAUUUUCCAUAUCUUAAUCCAAACAUCCAAGAUGAGAAUGGAAAUACAGUGAUGCAUAUUAUUUUUCAGAGAGGAUUCUCAAAGCAGGCUAAGAGAAUAAUGGAUUCAUUAGGAAAAUUUGAUAUUAACUUUAAUAUAAAAAACAAAUUAGGAAGAGAUGUGAGGCAUAGAAUUAAAAAAAGUGACCCACUGCUACUUGCCUGGAAUAAUGCCGUAUUGGAGAAGAAGAAGUAUCGGCACGAUAUAGUAGGGCAGUCAGUUAAAACACCUAAGCCUGUUCCAGCUUGUAACACUUUGCAGCCAAAGAACACAGGGCGUUCUUCAUCUGGGGCUUCACUAAAGGCACCAUCUGUCAACUCAGCGUGUAAUGAUGUAAAAACCCUGUGUUCUGUACAGACGAAAAAUGAUCAGUUGGCAGAGCAGGAAACGGAAAGAAUAAAUAGCCUCUUAACUCCGCAGGAAAGUCUAGUGCAGGCAAUCACAGCUUUAAUGCAGCAGUUGAAGUUGGGUGACACCCUGAGAAAGGAUAAUGCUCUGGUAAAGAAGCCUUCUUCAGCCCAGACUAACUUGGAAGGGGGAAAAAAUGAGUCCACACAACCUUGUGGAAGUGUAGCUUGUGCUGAAGGAAAAGGGGAUGAUCUUGAGAAAAAGAAGGGAGCAGGGGAGGGGCAUGCUGAAUUUAAGAUGGACCUGCCUAAUGGAGAGAAGGAGCAAACAGUGGAAGAGUAUGAGAAGAUUCAGGAUGUUGAGACAUAUGUUCAGGAGUUUGAUAACAUGACGUGGGAAAUAGAGUGCACUCCUGAAAUGCUGAAGACUUUGCGCAGCAAAGCAAUACCUCAUUAUCUAAAAACCAAAACUAUAAUGACAAUUCAGCAGCUCGGCAACGGGGAAUGGACUAAGGGCCUUCAGAAGCCACUCAAACAUUUGAAAGCUGAUAUCCAGCUGUAUGAAGCCAAGCUGGGCAAAGGUGAAAGAAUGCUGUGGGAGCUUGCGAUAGACUUUUCUCCUCGUUGCAGUGAGAGUGCAGAAAAGAUCAUGGAGACAGAACAGUCAAAAAGUCAUCCAGAAAGGUCUGGAAGAGUUUACACCGAAAUAAUCAGAAUUUGGGCCAUUGUUCUGGACCACUGCAAGCUGGACUGUGUCUUAGAUAAUAUAUGUAUUUCCUACAAUCGUGGUUUGUCCUGUGUCCUGAGGAAAAAGCUCAAGGGCAUAAACGAAGGACAUCAGACCUACAAUGUGAAAACACAGAAGCGCGUUCCACGUUGUUAUAUUGAAGACUCAGAGGCAGAAAAAACAAAAGAACGUACCAUACCUGAGUAUUUCCCUCCAGCCAGUGCAGUGGAAAUGGAAUAUAAUAUAAUGAAGUUUCACAGCUUCAGUACUAACAUGGCAUAUAACAUUAUAAAUGAUAUACAUUCUGCUGUUGAAUACCCCUUCCGAGUCGGGGAGUUAGAAUACGCAGUAAUUAACCUAAAUCCGAAGCCCAUGGAACCAAUCAUUUUAAUUGGGCGAAGUGGGACAGGGAAGACAACUUGCUGCUUGUACAGGCUUUGGAAGAAAUUCCAUUCGUACUGGGAAAAAUCCACCUUGGCAAAAGGUCCUCUGCUUGAAAGGCAAACAUGGCAGCAAAAGCAGUGCAGUGAAGUUGAAAAAGCUAAAUUGGAGAAGGACGAGAAUGAUGAAAUAGGGGAAAGCGAUGAUUCUAGUGAGGAGCAGGUCAGUGACGAGCAAGAACAGGACAGUGGGGAUGAAAACAUUCUUGCAAGCACAGUUGGUGCAGAGACAAGUCCUUCCGAGGACUCUGAAGAAGAGCAAAUGCGAAGCACAGAAGCAUCAAACAGACUGGAACACCUGCACCAGAUCUUUGUGACGAAAAAUCCUGUUUUGUGCCAAGAAGUUCAGAAAAAUUUUAUUGAACUUAGCAAGUCUUCUAGGGUAACCAGUCACUUCAAGCCUCUGGAGCCAAAUAUUCACAAGCUACAAGAUGUUAAAGAUGAAAACUUCCCACUGUUCAUCACCUCCAAACAGUUGUUGCUGUUACUGGAUGCAUCCAUGCCUGACCCAUUUUUUCUGAGGAAUGAGGACGGAAGCCUUAAAAGAACAAUCGUUGGUUGGAGUCCCCAGGAAGACUUGGUUGUACCAGAUUGGCAAGAUGAGGAUGAAGAAGGUAAUGCUGAAGGAGAACAUGGUGAUGAUGAAGGAGCUGCAGAUUUAUACUCCAGGGAAAGAGAUCCUCGGACUUUUGUGACUUAUGAUGUGUUUGCUAAUGAAAUAUGGCCAAAAAUGAUAAAAGGUAAAAGCUUGUACAAUCCUGCACUCGUUUGGAAAGAAAUCAAAUCAUUUUUGAAAGGCUCUUUUGAGGCACUGAGCUGCUCUGAGGGUAAACUUACUGAGGAACAGUAUAAAAAACUAGGCCGGAAAAGAUCACCAAACUUCACAGAGGACAGGGGUGAAAUCUAUCGCCUCUUCUGUCUUUAUCAGCAGAUAAGAUCACAGAGGGGUUACUUUGAUGAAGAAGAUUUACUGUAUAAUUUGUCUCAAAGGCUGUCAAAGAUCAAUUUGCUGCCGUGGUCCAUUCAUGAGUUUUACGGUGAUGAGAUUCAGGAUUUCACCCAGGCUGAGCUAGCGCUGCUAAUGAAAUGCAUCAAUGACCCUAAUGCCAUGUUUCUGACUGGUGACACUGCCCAGAGCAUAAUGAAGGGAGUUGCUUUUCGUUUUAGUGAUCUGAGGUCGCUGUUUCAUUAUGCGAGCAAGAACUCUAUGGACAAGAAGCAGCGCAUUAGAAAACCGAAAAGGAUAUAUCAGCUGUACCAGAACUACAGAUCUCAUUCAGGUAUUCUCCAUCUUGCGUCUGGAGUGGUUGAUUUGCUUCAGUACUAUUUCCCAGAAUCUUUUGAUCGCCUUCCUAAGGACUGUGGUCUCUUCGAUGGACCAAAGCCUACGGUCUUGGAGUCCUGUAGCGUUAGUGACCUGGCAAUUCUACUGAGGGGCAACAAAAGGAAAACACAACCAAUUGAAUUUGGAGCACAUCAGGUGGUAUUAGUUGCAAAUGAGAUGGCCAAGGAGAAGAUACCUGAGGAACUCAGUUUAGCACUUGUACUGACAGUUUAUGAAGCAAAGGGCUUGGAAUUUGAUGAUGUCCUCCUCUACAAUUUCUUCACAGACUCUGAGGCUUACAAAGAAUGGAAGAUCAUUUCUUCUUUUGCACCCAGUUCGGAUGUGCGAGCAGAAAGCAAACUGCUAAUUGAAACACCUUUAGAGGAUGUUACUGCUACGCCAAAGAGGCCUCCUUCUUUUAAUGCAGAAAUGUAUAAGAUGCUGAAUGGAGAACUAAAGCAAUUGUAUACUGCCAUUACAAGAGCCAGGGUCAAUCUUUGGAUCUUUGAUGAAAACAGAGAUAAGCGGGCUCCAGCUUUUAAAUAUUUCAUCAAAAGAGAAUUUGUUCAGGUUGUCAAAACAGAUGAAAAUAAAGACUUGGAUGAUAGCAUGUUUGUUAAAACCUCGACUCCAGAAGAAUGGAUUGCACGGGGAGACUACUUUGCUAAACAUCAGUGCUGGGAGGUAGCAGCCAAAUGUUACCAAAAAGGAGGAGCAGCAGAGAAGGAAAAGCUGGCCCUGGCACACGAUGCUGUUCUUAAAGUGCACUCCAAGAAAUGCAGCCCCAAGGAAAAACAGAUGGAAUAUAUGGCAUUGGCAAAAACUUACUUGGAAUGUGGAGAACCAAACCUAUCGCUAAAAUGCCUGUUUCAGUCAAAGGAGUUCCGGCUUUGUGCAGAAUUAUGUAAAAAGUUAGGCAAGAUGAAAGAUGCUGCAGUUUACUAUCAGAAAAGCCAGUGCUACAAAGAAGCAUCCACAUGUUAUGAACAAAUCGAGGAAUUUGAUCUAGCAAUUAAGAUGUAUUGUCAGGAGGAACUCUAUGAGGAAGCAGCUAAGGCAGUUGAAAGAUAUGAAGAGAUAUUAAGUACAAAAGGACAAAUGGUUUGCAAACUCUCGUGCACAGCAAAUCAGUUUUAUUUGGAAGCAGCUGCAAAGUACCUGAAUGCAAACAGAACUGAGGAAAUGAUGAGAGUCCUCUCAAAACUUGAUAUAGAGGAUCAGCUUGAGUUUUUGAAAUCUCGCAGAUGCCUGCACCAAGCAGCAGGCUUAUUGAAAAAAGAAGGUCGAGAGGAGGAGGCUGCUAAAUUAAUGAAGCAACACGGGUUUGCUCUGGAAGCAGCGAACCUCACAUCUAUAAAGGAGUUUCGUGCAUCAUGUUUGCUUGCUGCAGCUCGAGCUGGUGUGACUCCCUGUUCAGAAGCAGAACUGGCAGAUAGAGAGGCCAUCCUGAGAGAAGCCCUUGAACUUUGUGAACAAACCAAACAAAAAUGUGGCAUUGCAGAGGCUCUGUUUUUGCAGGGAGCUCUGAAGGGAGACUUUGCAAAGCUGAGAAGUGCUUACGGUCAGUUCCUGUCUCUCAAUCACUCUGCUGGUGCAGUGGAAGCCCUCUUUGUGUUAUCUCGUUGCAGCGCACCAAGCCAGGACAUCCUGUUUUUGGCAACGUGUGGCUUAAUGGCUCUUCUAAGACUGGUUAGGGGGUUGAAGAAAGCAGCCACCAAUGCAGAGAAAGAUAUGGUGAAGUCAUGCUUUGCCUAUUUUGGGAUUGUGCCAACAGGUGACAGUUGUUGCCAGGUGUCCCAAAAUGAAGCCAAACCUAUUCUCAAGUUUUUGUCAGACAACCGAAGUCUAAGAGAGAGGAAGACGAAAGAUGACUUCUCAGUAAGAACAGAGGAGAUAACAUCUGCUUUGAAGCAGCACUUGUUGAGCAGGUUGUAUUCUAUCACCCAUGAGUUACUGACCAAGCAUUACCCUGAUAUUUGUUUGAAGUUCAUUGUUGGGUUGAACUGUGAAGAUAAAACCUGUGAGGAUUUCCAUAGACCUUUGUUGCGUCAUGAAGCAAAGACUGUAUUGUGGUGUAAAAUGCAUCUGGCAGCAAUAAAUGGACUGGUGUUGGAAGCCACAAAGAUUUUCCCUAAAGAGCUAGUGAAUCAGUGCAAAGACUUUGAUGACGUUUUGACUGCUGACAAAUAUGCAUCGUGUAAAGCCCUUCUAGAAAUGUUUUUUCCUAAACAUUUCCAUUUGAGAAUACUGUCUGAGAACCCAAGAGCAUGCAAAGAAAUACUGGAAUUUGAUGACAUUCUUUCCAAACCCUGCAGAGCGGUGUUAAAGGAGUACAUCACAUUUAAGUUUAAAAAUGAAGAUGCUAGAGCCAGAAGAGAAUCAACUGACUUGUGGCUAAGUGCCAUGGAAGUUUUCAUCUUAUCUUCAGGAUAUCCUGAAGAAUUUGAGAAACUUCUUUUUAAGGAAGAGGAGGAUUACAACAAAGAGCUAAACCUUGCAUUGUCAAAGGUGAAAAACUCCCCAAAGAAUGAAGGCCGAAGAAGAAAGAUGAAAGGAAUAGAUGGCAGACAUGGUAUGUUGCUACCUGACAAAAAUGCUGAAAACGCGGGAAGAAUGCACUUGUGUUUCAUUCGACUUCUUGAAAAUUCAUUUGAGCAAUUCUAUGUUCAUAAGAACCCGGAAGACUGUAAAUGGUUGUUUUUCCGUUUUAUGAAUGUCCUGGUCAGGAAAUGCACUAGCUACCUGAUUCCAAGCAUACAAAACACAGUGAUGCUGUUGGAAUUCCAGUAUAUUCUCUGUUGUGCUGUCCUGAUGCGUCUCUGCAAGAACAUUACUCUGUGCCUUCCAAAGAGUUACAUUGCUCUCAUUCAUUAUUGGGAAUUUUUGUUCAGAAGCAGAGGCCAUAACAAAGAACUUGGAGACACUUUUUCCAUUAUACAGGAGUACAGACCAACGGACAUAUAUGCAGCUGCACAGAAUUUCAGAUUGCAUCUCUGUUAUCUUGCAGAGGUUUUGUGUGGAGUUUGUGGGAACUUCAACGUCCUUCUGGAUGCUUUUGAGGAUCCCGACUGCAUAACUUCAGGGGAGGCUGAGCGGACUGUCGUGUUGUGCUUAGUGAUGUUACUGAAUGCUGAUCAGGUGCAUAAUUCUAAACGUAAAUCUCUCUUAUGCCAACACUUUCCUGAAAUAAAGGCUAUACUGAGAUCAAUGAGAAAAGAUUCUCCCUCUAAAGUGCCUGAAAGAUUGCUAAAGAUUGUGGAGCAAGUGAGUGAUGCUACACACGUAAGAGACAUCGCUGAAGGCCUGCAAGAGCUUCUGACAGAGCGAGAUGCAGAGUACUUAGUUGACUGCCGAUGGAGGUGGGACUCUGGGAAUAUGCAGGGGCAUCCAACCAUACGGGGCAUCCUCUAUGAAACCAUAAAGCUUGACAGGUUUGUGACUCCUUUGGAUAAGACGGAAUAUGCUGAUGAGAUAGAGAAGGAACUUGAAAGGGAUCAGUGUCUAGAGGACAGAAAGGAUCCCCUGGAAGUCAUUGCACUCAACAAGCAACAAAAGCAAGCGCAGAAAGCAUCUGCACAACGGCAGCUGCGUCAUGUUUUCCAAUUCAUCUGUCUAUGCGUGAAGUGGAAAAGGAAGGUCUGCUCCAAAACGGAGCUUGUUGCAAUGGAAGGAGAGGAAUUUUUAUCAGAGAUCUUCAAAAAAGCAGAUAUUGACCAAACCCAGUGUGACCUCUGUGGAGUCAGAUUUAUUGGGAGCCCUGAGAACUAUUUUAGCCAGACAGAAAAUAUGGAGGUAGACGCUUCUGAAGCUGUGAUACCAACAGAGAUAAGUGAGGAAGGAAAGUUGCAUGUGGAAGAAAGUGCAAUUUCUGUGGCCAGUGAGGCUUACAAAGAGCACAGGAACACAGAUGAACACAGAAAUAAUACUGCUGCCUACAAAUACUAUGCUGACUUUUUCAGAAGAAAGAUAGACACAAUAAUAUAUGACGGACUGGAAGUAGUGAAGGCUAUUAAAGAAAAGACUUACACCCAAGAUCAUCUGGCAUACAAGGAAGGUUCCAAUUUACGCCAAAGAAAAAUCUCAGAGAAUAUUAAGAAGAUUUCAGAUACAAUAGAGGAAAUCUAUGAGAGAAAAGCCUGGGCUGAAGCUGAAGAAAUCAUGACCCAACAUGCCAACAAAUUGUCUGCCACCAUUGAUGAGGCUCAUAAGUGGCUGAAGAAAAUGGACUCAUAUAGGAUAAAGGAAAAAGGUUUUGCCCAUGAUAGAGACUUGGAAAAUGACAUAGAAGAUGAAAGCAUGGCUUUUGAAGAACUUGUGCAUAAAAAAGCCUCAAGAAGAAAAGGAAAAUGUAGGAAAUGGUAGUUAGAAAUAAAAUACAGGUGGCUAUUCUAUCCUCUAACAAUAUAAUUUUACAAUAGAAAUUAAAAGCAUUAAGAAGAAAAAUAAAAGAAUGGGGUCAGAAAUGGGAAGAAUCUGAAGAAAAAUAGUAACUUAUGCAAUUAUUUUUUAUUACUUGUAUUCAGUCAGAAUAAUUACCUGUGAUGACAUAAUUGUUAAAACCUAUGACAGGGUAUAUUUCCUUUCAAACAAAUGUGGUAACUUGAAAGUAACAAAAAGCCAAAGAGUAGAUUUUUACUUAAUCAAGUAGGAAAAAGUAAUCAAGUUUCUGCCUUAUCUCAGGGGUAUUUUUCUGCCUAGUGUUCUUUUUUUUCCCCCUGUUAAUGUACAUUAUCAUUCUUCUGAGCUGGAAUACUCAGAAAAAUAAGAAGAUAAAUUUCUCCAAUUUUAAGAGGUUUUAAUUGAUGGUUUUAAAUAACUAUUGUAAACCCACUGUCUUCUGAGUCUUGUUAUGUCUGGGAGUCUUCAGGUAGGGUACUUAGAGUAUCUCUCUUAUUUAAUUUUAUAAACAAGAAUAAUUUCUGAUCACUUCUGAACACAAUCAGGUUUUCAACAGUGUACAUCAAAUUGGAUAGAUAUGAAAAUUAUCUGUUUGAUCAAGUUUUGAUAUAAACUCUUACAUGUACAUACUGAAAUAUAGAUAAUGUUUCUUUAAAGAGCAUUAUACAUUUGAAGUGUUUUAUAUCUUUUAAUUGAUAAACUUUUUGUAAUGUAUGAUAAUAUUUUAUAAAACCUGUAAGGUUCUUAAAAUCAUUUGGUCUUGUCUCAUUUUUUGAAAGCUUUAUGAAAGCCCUAUGCGACUGACUAAAUGAGUGAAGGUUACAGGUUGGGUCAAAAGUACAGUAUCAGUUCUUACCAACACUGUUUUACUUCUAGGAUUUCAGUAUCUCUAACAUACACUAAUCUCCUUUAAAAAACAUUUCAAACUAGUCAUUUUGUUUAUUAAACAUGCUUAGUUAAGGUAUUGUUUAGUUGUUGAAAUAUUUUGCCUUGAAAAGGGAGUGGCUUUGUCCAAACAAAACAGUAUGUUUUAACAAUUACACUUUUGCAGAAAACUUAAUAACUUGUUAUUGUGCUGUCUUGGAAGUGGGACACUUCAUGUGGAUAAAAAUGAAAUGCUGCUGUAGAAUGGAGCGAUAUGGGCAGCAGUAAUAGUUAUCUAUUGCAUUGUAAUUGCUCGUCUGCCAGAAGAAGACACUUUCCUAAUUGCUUGUUUUUAAACCCUUGUUACUUAAGCGAGCAUGUAGUAGUACUUUGAAAACAUACAUUGAUGAAAUAGAAUGCCAGAUAAUUGCAAAGCAGAGGAAUUAAGAAAUUUAGAUCAUUCAUGUAGCUUCUUUGGCUCUUUGUGUAUGUUUUGGUUGAAAUUUCUGUUGGUUUGGGGUUUUAAAAAAUGCUCAACUUUAACUUGCUUUGAUGUUAAAAGUUGGCCUUGUGCUGAUGUAUGUUUUACAUUUAAUACUACUCCAAAAACAUUUCCUGUUUAGUUUCUUGACUUGAGUAUUUAAAUUUGUGGCAUUAAAUGUUAUCUGAACAUAUUAAUGACAAUUACCAUUUAAAGAUCCUUACUAUUCACAUUUUAAAGUUCUAGUGAACAUAUUUUUGCUUUCUCUUUGUGGGGAGAAAGCAAACUUUGAAAACAGAAUUGUACAAUACCAAACAAAGAGAAAAUGAAGAAGGAGAUAUAAGAAUCUAAGUUAUAUUACAUUAAGAAUUUCAUCCCGGGUGGUUUCCUUGGAGCAGGGACGUAUGAUCCUUGGUAUGCUUCAAUAAAAAAACCUAAUGUGCUGGCUCUGAUUUUGAACCAUUUCUCCCAGAUGGAACUCAUUUCAAUGGCAGAAUCAUGAAAAUUCACAUUUCUGGGCUUACAAUUUCAGAAGUAUAUUAGGCCAAGAUUUUGGCAAUGCUCAUGCAGAGUGGGAAAUCUGGUUGGAUUCCUAACCCAACCUCAGUGCUUAAAUUAUUAUUAUUAUUAUUAUUAUUAUUACUUUCCCCUUUUGAUGGUGUACAUAAAUAAACAUAAACCUUUCUCUUCCAUGGUAGUCUGUUAAGAUAAUAAUGAUUUGUGUGCAUUAAUCCUAUCUGAAUGUGUAAUUAACAAAGUGGACUUCAGCUGGA